AUUUUUGUCAUCUGUUUUGUGAAACGAGUUUCAACUAGUCUAUUAUGUAUAGAGCCUACGUAAACAUUGGUCAUCUUGGUAAAAUUGAGGACAGUAACACGUUGAGCAGUAUAUAUACACGAAUAAUAAACAAUUUUUAAAAAUCGCGGGAGUCCGUGAAGUCAAGUCGGUGAACUCCGUGAUUAUAGUAGUGUGCAUAGCACACGGCAGCACCGUUCAGCUCGAACUCGAAUAUAUACGAAUACGAAUGUCUCCUAAAUAGUGGCAGUGGUGGGAGUCACUCGCGAUCGAGAGAGAGAGAGAGCGUAGGUGUGUAUACGUGUGAGUGCGCGUGAUAAUCUAACAUGGCGGAGUGUUGUGUUGUGGCCUGUGGUGCGAGUUGGCGAGUGUUGAACGUUAGACAAUCGGUGUGAUCGAGGCAGUGAGCCCGGGGGCCCGCAAGCGAGGCAAAGCCAAUCAGCGAGGCUUUGCCAAAAAUCAAGGGAACCGGAGGCUCAGCAGCACAAUUAAGCGGCCGGCAAGUUACGGCAAGUCCGACGACGCCGAUCUCGUGUUGUGCGGGGGGUAAGAGUUGCCGUCAAGUGUAACUUGCUACAUCGCCUGCGUGGCUGAGCAUCGCAUAAAGUUGAGGCAAAAGCCGAAGACCACACGGUUUAUUGUUGCUACUUCACGUAGCUUAUUAACUGUCUUAAUCGGCGACCUGGCCUUGCGAUUUUGUUUCGUUUCUCUAUCUCUCUCUCUAACUCUGGCUUCGCGUAUCUCUCACACUUAUACUUGCACGAAGAGGGGCGCGCGCGCGCACACCGUCGUCGGCUCUGUCGCUCUCUUGAUUCUGCCGCCUCGGUAGAGAGCAGUUCACGUACGUAUCUCUCGGCAACCGAGAGAGAGACAGAGAGAGAGAGAGAGAAAGAGAGAGAGAGAGAAAGAGAGAGAGCGAGCGAAAAAGAGUGAGGAGUUGACGUCGCGCGCAAGAGUUAGUCACGGAGAAAGGGCACAGAGGCAAGAGGGAAAGUUUCGGUGUUUGUUCUCUGUGUACCGAGGGAGAAGAAGAGGAAACCGGUGCGUGCUGCAGGUGAAAGACGGAGAGAACGAACGAUUUGGCUGCUCGUGACGACACGCGGACAACGAGGCCAGCAGUGCUGCUGCUGUUGUUGCUGCUGCUGCUUUCCCGCGCGAGCAUCGCCGAAUAGAAGAGGACAGCUUGCGUAAAGAGGAAGAAGAGAGAUUCAUUGCCGAGCAAAAGCGAGCGGAAGACUUAUGCAACGAGAGCACGCGUAAACAUUUUCACGCGCACGACUACGACAGUAAACAAAUAUAUACGUAUAUCGGCCAAAAGGGUAACUGUCUCUGGCGGUCCUUAUACAACCUUUCUGGUCCCUCACACUGCGACGUACAGCGGCAGCUGACUAAGGAGUCAAAGGGCCGUUAGAUAUUCCUCUCUGUCUCUCACGAUCUCCCUCUCGCUGAAGCUACAUUCUUUCCAAGACGCUGCUACGCCAGCAGCCACAUUACUGUCAAGGUGCAAACCCGUGCGAACGUCAAGCUGCUGUUGUGUGCGUCGCUAACCUUGAGUCUCGAUUAGAUUUUUAUCAGCCAAACGUAGCGUUGACAAUACAGAUACACUGUCUCGAGUGCGACCAAGAUGACGAAAGAGGAUCUGCUCUGCAUUCAUUGAUGUUUGAGUCAAGUGACUUUGGAUGAUAUGUGUUUUAUAAGGAUUGCUCAAACUGUUAUAACCGAGAGAUAAUUAGGUUGUGCUUUUUCUUCUUUCUUUUAUUACUUUUUUUAACACCUCAGACAGACAUGAACUCAUGUGAUUGAUUACAACAAUAGCUGUGAGAUAGGUUUAUUUUCUGUUAUUGUCUUUAAAUUGUUUAAUGAACUGUGCAGAGAAGACAGCAUGUUAAUUGCUUGGUGAUAUUGUAUCAUUAUUUUAUGCAGCCAAACUAAUUUUCCAUCAUGACAGACACACGCAGAAGAGUAAAGUUAUAUGCAUUGAAUGCAGACAGACAGUGGGAUGAUCGUGGGACAGGACAUGUUUCCUCAUCUUAUAUAGAUAGGUUAAAAGGUACAUCACUUUUAGUUAGAGCUGAAAGUGAUGGAACUAUUUUACUAGAGAGCAAAAUUCAGCCAGAUACUGCCUAUCAAAAACAGCAGGACACUCUAAUCGUAUGGUCAGAAAGUGAUAACUACGAUUUAGCUUUAAGUUUUCAAGAAAAAGCAGGUUGCGAUGAGAUAUGGGAAAAAAUAUGCCAGGUUCAAGGGAAAGACCCAUCAGUCGAAAUAACCCAAGACAUAGUUGAAGAGUCAGAAGAUGAACGAUUCGACGACAUGUCCGACUCAGCACCACCCAUAGAAUUACCACCUUGUGAGUUAGCACGUUUGGAAGAUAUAAAUGAACUUAUUGGAAAUUGUCUUUCUUCUCCAAUGAGGAAAGAAAAAUUGGCAAUGGCAUUAGAAUCCGAGGGUUACAUUAGAAAGUUACUCAACUUAUUUCAUACGUGUGAAGACUUGGGAAACAUGGAAGGACUGCACCAUUUGUAUGACAUUUUUAAGAAUAUAUUUCUCCUCAAUAAGAAUGCUCUGUUCGAGGUGAUGUUCAGCGACGAUACGAUUUUUGAUGUGGUCGGUUGCUUGGAGUACGAACCCUCGUUGCCUCAGCCUAAAAAGCAUAGACAGUAUCUGCAGCAGUUGGCCAAGUUUAAGCAGGCCAUACCUAUUACGAAUGCCGAACUGCUGGCAAAGAUACACCAAACUUAUCGAGUCCAGUACAUUCAGGACGUGGUUUUGCCAACCCCGAGCGUCUUCGAGGACAACAUGCUCACCACCUUGAGCAGCUUCAUCUUCUUUAACAAAGUGGAGAUCGUUACCCUCAUACAGGACGAUGAGAAAUUCCUCUCGGAACUGUUUCGCCAGUUGACUGAUGAAAACACGCCCGACAGCAAGAGGCGCGACCUCGUACUCUUCCUUAAAGAAUUCUGCAACUUCUCGCAAAAUCUUCAGCCCCAGGGCAAGGAAGCCUUCUACAAAACUCUUACGGCGCUGGGCAUUUUGCCGGCUCUUGAGAUCACGCUCAGCAUCAACGACGCUCAGACCAAGAGCGCCAGUGUCGAUAUACUUAAUUACAUUGUUGAGUAUUCGCCGAGCGUCGUCAGAGACUACACGUUGCAGCAAGUCAACAAUGCCGAACAAGAGCAAAUGCUCAUCAAUGUCAUGGUCACUCAACUGGUCAACGACAGUGAUCCUGAGCUAGGUGGUGCGGUGCAGCUGGCCUCGAUCUUGCGCCUGCUGCUCGAUCCAGAGAAUAUGAUGGCCUCGGUGAACAAGUCGGAGAAAGCUGACUUUUUGAACUAUUUCUACAAAAAUACUAUUGUUUCUCUGAUCGCGCCUUUACUGGCAAAUACCAUCGGCGACAAGCCAGCGCGAGAAGACUACAGAACAGUGCAACUACUUGGCCUCAUCCUCGAUUUACUGUCGUUUUGUGUGGAGCAUCAUACUUACCACAUCAAGAAUUGUAUUUUAAAUAAGGAUUUGCUGAGGAAGAUACUUGUAUUAAUGAAAUCAACGCACACUUUCCUAGUGCUCUGUGCUCUUAGGUUUAUGCGAAAGAUUAUCGCGCUUAAGGAUGAAUUUUAUAAUAGAUAUAUCAUUAAGGGUAAUCUGUUUGCGCCGGUAUUCGACGCUUUUACACGUAACAACGGCCGCUAUAACCUUCUUGACUCCGCUAUCUUGGAGAUGUUUGAAUUUAUCAAAUUGGAGGACGUCAAAUCUCUAUGUUCUCACGUUGUGGAGAACUUUUCAAAAGAGUUGGAGGCGAUCGACUACGUACAAACGUUCAAAGCCUUGAAACUAAGGUAUGAACAACACCAAGACAAACUAAAAGAUCGCGACAGAGGAACACUAGACAGUGUACCGUCGAUACUGAGAAAUAGCCGAUACAGGCGAGACCAACGCCAGUUGGACGAGGACGAGGAAAUGUGGUUCAACGAGGAGGAGGAUUUCGACGAGGGUGAGGCAGUGGUACCCGCGGCUGCUGCUGACAUCGUGACUCCAGCAUCCGCGAAAAAGCAACCCAACUCGCCAAAUUCCGGUGGUAGUGGUGGUGGGCUUAUCGACUCCGCCAAGGACACAGGCAGUCCACCGCAUCAGCAACAGCACUCGCCUCCUCAACAGCAAGCACUUCUUAACAAUAACACAACCAACAGCAGCUUGGCGGUGAUGUCGGUUGUGACGCCGAGUGCGACACCUUCGCCGGGUCGUGAGCUUGCUUCCAUGGUUGCGCAUCAUCAGCAGUCGCAGAUCAAUAGUGGCGGCAGCCCUACAUCCACGAACGACUCACCCUUAAUCGGUGCCACCGCCGAUGCGAUGAGUCCUACAGCAACCAUCAGUGCAGCAGACAAAAAUACAUCUAAUAUUUUCAAGAAGGGCUUGGUUGAUUACGAAGGUGACUCAGACGAGGAAGAAGAAGAAUCAGAACUGAGUCCAACGCCUAAACGGCAACGGCUCUCAUAGUAGGCAAACUAUCCGUCAAUAGUACGAGUGCUGUGACCAGAGGUGGGCAAAAUACUGUAUUUAAACAUGAAACAAAUACAAUCACUGAUAUGUAUUUAUUAAAUAGAAUAUACAUAAUACGUUACACGUAUUGAAAGCAAUUCGGAAAUUAUAAAAUAAUGAUGAUUGAAAAUACUACACGGUUACAAUGGUCAUUGUAGCAAGGAAAAUUUUAAAUACAGUAUUUAAAUGCAGGUGUAUUUAAAGUACAUAAUUAUUUUAAAUGCAAAUGUAUUGGAAAUACAUUUGUUUUCAAGUUUUUAUUGGAUUGAAAUUUACAUACACCAAGUUUUUAACCUACUGUUGGCAUUCAGAGACAUUAUUUGAAUCCGCGAGCAGCUAUUGGUUAAUAUUAUGAUGACAAAUGUUAAAACUGUUCAAAGUAAUUAAUUAGAUGUGGACACUCUGUAUUAAAAUUACUCUGAAUGAAACUUAAACAUGAUUUUUCCUACAGUCUUGUCUUCUAUAUUUUUGACUUUUAAAAAUUACAUAUUAUUGAUAUUGGCAUUUAUAAUUUAAUAUCGAUACGACGCAAUCGUACGAGCCAGAUAUUUCAUUGACAUUCCUGUGUUUCUAAGAUAUAAAGAAAAUACAAUUAGAGAUUCAUUUUUUUCCAAUGAUGAUAUUGUGUUGUAUAGUGAAAACUUGUAUUCAUAUUUUAUUGAUUAUCCUUUGAUGGUCGAUGCAAUGAAAACUUACAAUAAAACGACUAUUCUAUUUAAAUAUGAAUUUGAUACAAACUAUAAAUACACGCUAUAACUCCCACAAGUUGAAGGCUACAAGUUAUUGUACAGAAAAAUGUUAUUCAAAAUAUGAAUACAUUGAAACAGGUAUCUAUUAUAAUAUAGUGUAAUUCAUCUUUUCUACUUCAAGUUGAUAAAAAAUAACGUGUAAAGUAUUGGAAUGGAAGUUUUUUUUCUAUUACCGAUAGAUUUUUGUAUUUGAAGAAAUUCAUUCGAAUUCUGAAGGGAAUAAAAAAGUCAUAAUAUGCUUCACACUGACGAUUACUUUACGUUAUUUCCAGUGUACUGCCACUAUCCAUCCAUAUAUUUAUUUUAAAUAAUGAUGGUUCGAAAACUUCGAUGAAAUCGAAUGAAGGUAUAAUACUGUUUAGAAUGAAAAUUUAUGUGAGCAUUAACUUUGACAUUUCUAUUUCAACAUUUUUCAAAAUAUAUUUUUCAAUAGCGUUCUGAAUCAUAUUGCUUUGGAUCUUUAAAACACUUUCGUCUAGCACUUGUGACGUGUACAACAGGCAAUCAUUGGUAUCAAUAAAUGUUUUUCGUAUUGCAAUAAACAGAGGUGGGCAGCAUAUUAAAUCUUGGGUACUUAAUCCUUUUUGUACAUAAAGUGAGAUUUUAAAUUUGCAUUGGCGUUCUUGAAUAAGUACAAAGCUUAAAAAUGACCAUUGUAAUAGUUUGAAACGUACGUGUAACGGAAAUUAUAUCAAAAAGCUAAAUAUCUAAAUUUAAAUAUAAAAAAAUUACAAAUUAUAUUUAAAUACAUAAAAGUAUGUUUGUAUUUGAUAUUAAGACAGAAUUAUGCCCACCUCUGUGGUAAAUAGACA